AUGAAGGCUUCAAUCAAAUUUAGGGAUGAGCAGACGCCAUUGCUCAGAGCUAAAAUCCCACUCAAUAUUAUGAAUUUCCCCUUUCAGUCCGGCGUUUCUGCUGGCGAUUCGAAAGACUUAUCCCUAAACCUUAGAACUUUUCUCGAUUGCGGCCCCUCUAUCAAAUUUUCCUACCGCCCAAAUGAUUCGCAAAAGCCUUUCAGCUUCGUUUUCAAAACCGGGAUCUGGCAUUUCGGCUCGCCCAGUAAAAGCCCUCUCGUGAUGAGCGCCGAGUUCAAUUUAGUCGGGAACCAAAACCCUACAUUCUUCAUCCACUUCAAGCCCGAUUUGGGCGAUUUCUCGCUGAAGAAGUCACACUCGUCGGCCUCCGUGAAGAAUCUGGGCGAGAAAUUGAACGCCGGCCGCGAGGAUUUCGUGGAUGGCAACAAUUUUAACGGGAACGGAUUCUUCCCGGCGGCGGAGUCGAAGAAGGCGGGGAUAGUGGUGGACGGGCUGCUGAAGGGCGCUGAGCUCACCGCGAGGACGUCGGUUUCGCUGCGCGAUUUCGCGAUGGUGAAUCUCAGGUGGGGGUUUAGGGUUCCGCCGCGGGAGGCGGCAGAGGAUAUGGAUGCGGUGGUGGUGUCGAAGGCUGGUGAUCGGAUGGCUGGGAUUAGACUACCGUACUUGGUGAUGGAUAAAAUCGGGAUUGAACAAGUGGCUAGAGCCGAUUCGAAGAAGGAGAAAUUGGGUCCCGCGUACAAUGACGUGGCUGAGGCGUGUUUGGGAGUGAAGAAGCAGCUUGAGGUGAUUCAAGCUGAGAAUGGGCUGCUGAGCAGGGCUUUGAUUGACUUGAGAUCUGACGUGGCAGCCGGAAAAAUGAAUGUAUUCUCCGAUCACCACCUGAGCAAGUAUGCCGGAGGCGCCGCCGAUGGGAGAGGCGAUAGUGAUAAGACUUCAAUAGAGAAGGAGGCAUUUUGA